AAAUUAGCAGGCAAACAGCAGUUUGCUACAAUGUGCGGGGAAAAGAUAAAGAAAAGGGGGAAUAAUGCAAAGUCUGGAUGAUAUGGUGGAUGGAGAGACGUGUGCGAGAAGACCGGCAACGGAGAGGGUGCUCAGGUUCUCGCGGGAUUUCCUGGGUUGCCUAGCGACGGGACUCUAAUCACAGUAGCAUACCUUUCCAUGGAGGUUUUACUCCUUUCUGAAACUAAAUGAAUGUGAGUGGUGGAGGUAGUCGUUAUGUGUGGAGAGACUUUGUAGGUUUCAGUGAUUUUACAGCUUAAAAAAACUUUAAACGCCACCGAAAAAUGGCUACUGUUGUUGCCCAGUCGCAUUUUAUCUUCGGUCUACGGACAAGUGUGAGUAACAAUUUGUGUUUCUUCGAUGAGCAAACUGUCGUUUUCCCCUGCGGAAACAACUGUGUGUGCUACAACACUGUCCAAAGAUGUCAGAGGUUCAUUCCAGGCUCUGAGAACAGCCAGGGCAUGCGUGCUCUGGCCAUCAGUGCCAACCGGCGUUACUUGGCAGUGUCAGAGUGUGGUGAGAAGGCCGCCAUCACAGUGUUCGACCUGCAGCACGAGCAGGGCAGGAGGAGGAAAGUCCUGACUGCAGGAGACAUGCUUUUUCAAGAGUUCGUGUGCAUGGCUUUCUCCCCUGAUUCCAAGUACCUGAUAGGCCAAACGGGCGGGCCAGAGUGGAUGCUGAUCUUCUGGCUUUGGGAAAAACAGAAAGUGCUGGCAACAGUGAAGACCAGUAACUCAAAUAAUCCUGUUACCCAGGUCAGCUUCAACCCUUACAACAACAUGCAGCUCUGUGUGAGUGGAGCUGGUGUGUUCAAGCAGUUCCGCUACUCAGAGGGAGCCCUGAAACAGAGCAGCUUCCCAAAGGUGGAGUCCAUUAACUUCCUGUGUCACACCUGGAUGACGGAGGAGCGGGUGAUCGCUGGGACGGACAAAGGCAGGCUGCUGGUGUUUGAGUCUGGAGACCUGCGAAGAGAGAUUAACAUUGCCUCUAAGGCUGUGCAGGAGCAGUCUGACAGGCAAGUGGAAAUGCAGAAGAUCAAAGACGCUGACGUGGAUGAAGGCCCCAAUGUGCCUCGCAUCAGAGCCAUUCUGUCCUACUCCAAGGGCUUCGCAUGCUCUUUGGGGUCCGGCACCGUCUGUCUUUUUGAAAAAAAUGCGGAGGACAGUUAUAGAAGAAGCAGGGAGAUACAGAUCCCUCCAGACCCAUACAGCAAUGAGCUGACCCCGGCUGAAUGCCAGGAGAUCGACACCAUGUGCAUCAGUCCAGCGGAGGAGACUCUGGCCAUCAGCACAGACAGAGGACAGCUGUACAGCGUCAGCCUGUCCUCUGUGGAGAUGAACAAGGAGGAACACGUUCAUUUUGAGUUCCUGUCGCAGUCCUUCCACUCUAAGUCCAUCACUGGUUUGUCCAUCUGCAUUCGAAAGCCCCUCGUAGCCACCAGCUCUCUGGACCACUCUGUCCGCAUCUGGAACUACGAAACAAAAGUUUUGGAGCUGUACAAGGAGUUUCAAGAGGAGGCGUACAGCGUGGCUCUGCACCCCACUGGCCUCUUCAUCCUGGUGGGCUUUUCAGACAAACUCAGGCUGAUGAACCUGCUUAUUGAUGACAUCCGCACCUUCAAGGAGUUCACUGUGCGCGGCUGCAGAGAGUGUGCUUUUAGCCACGGUGGCCACAUGUUUGCAGCUGUCAGUGGAAAUGUCAUCUACAUCUACUCCGUCACCUCUUUUGAGAACAUCCUCAACCUGAAAGGCCACAAUGGAAAGGUGCGUGGCAUUGAAUGGAGUCUGGACGACAGCCGGCUGGUGUCCUGUGGGAUGGAUGGCGCGGUGUACGAGUGGAACACGCAGACCGGCAAGCGUGAGUCUGAGAGCGUCCUGAAGUCCUGCAGCUACACAGGUGUUGCCUUCUCUUCAGACUGCACGACCAUCCUGGCUGUGGGAACAGACCUCACACUGAAGGAGAUCCAAGAUUGUCAGGUCCUGAGGGAGGUUCCUGCUGAUGAGGUAGCUCACAGCGCUGUGGCAGUGUCUCACUCCGGCAGGGUUGUCUUCACCGGGACGUCCAGUGGAACCAUCAGGGCCAUUAAAUACCCGUUACCCAUUCAGAAGGAAUGGAUCGUGUACCAGGCUCACUGUGGCCCCGUUACCAAGAUGGUGAUCACGUUUGACGAUCAGUUCCUGCUGACAGUGUCUGAAGACGGCUGCCUGUUGAUGUGGAAGAUCAUCGAUAAGGAGGGCCGAGGACUGAAGAGCAACAGGCAGAUCGUCCACACUGAAGAGAUCCUUGUCACCAAGUCAGACCUGGAGGAGAAGACCCAGAACAUGCUGGAGCUGAAGAUGCGUCUGGAGGAGCUGCAGAUGGAGAACGAGUACCAGCUCCGCCUGAAGGACAUGAACUACAAUGAGAAGAUGAAGGAGCUUUCAGACAAGUUUACCCAGCAAAUAGAAUCUCAGAAAACAAUGCAACAGGCCAUGAAGACAGAGAUGGAAAAGCAGGAACGUGAGCACCAGGAGAGUUCUGCAGAGGUUACUGUGAAACACUCAAAAGAGCUGAAGGAUUUAGAGUUAUCCUACAGCCAGAAGCUGAUUGUGGAGCACGAGAGGUACCAGGAUCUUGAGCAGAAAUAUCAAAGAAUGCAGGAAGACUAUGAGAAGCAGCUGAAGGCUGCAGAGGAGAGCAAAAUCCAAGCCUCGGAGGAGCUGACGCAGCUCUACGAGGCCAAGCUGCAGGAGAAGACUCGCCUCCUGGCUCAGUGUCAGGAGGAUGCACAGCAGCAGAUCUGUGAGUUUAAAGAGAUCAUAAAGCAAGUAGAGGAGGAUGAGGAGAGGAAGAUCCAUGACAUCCAAAUCAAGUAUGAGAGGAAACUGCACACUGAGAAAGAGACCAACACGAAUCUGAAAGGAGAGACUGGUAUCAUGACACAAAAGUUCUACAGUCUGCAGAGACAGAUCGAUGAGAGGUGCACAGACAUAAGCAAGCUGAAGCAGGAGCGGCAGAGGCUGCUGGGACUGAUCCGCUCCCUGGAGAGCGACAUCGAGGACCUGAAGCGGCAGAUCUCUGGACAUGAAAAGACCAAUCAGGACAAGGAUAAGACCAUCUCCAGCUUGAAGAAGAAGAACCAGGAACUGGAGAAGUUGAAGUUUGUUCUUGAUUUCCAGUUAAACGAGUUAAAGAAACAGACUGAGCCUCAACAAGAUGACAUCAAUGAGAAGAAGGAGCGGAUCCAUCAGCUGGAGGAGGAGCUGGUGCAAAUCGACAAGAGCAACACUCAGCUGAAGCUCAGUGUGUCUGACCUGAGGCUCAAACUGAGGACCAGAGACAAGGAGAUGUAUAAGGAGAUGCAGAAAGUGAAAGAUUUGGAGACACAUCUUCAGCGGCUCAAGUCAGAGCUCCAUAACUGUGUUGGCUUCAUCCAGGAGCCAAGGAAACUGAAGGACAGCGUGCAGAUGAUCUACGCCCGCUAUGUACCGCAGACUGAUGGGGUGGAGAAAAGCAGUGUAGACGAAGAUAUUCAGAGGGCAUUCUGUCGCCAGCGUGAUCACCUGGAGAGGACCGUUAAUAGUCUCAAGACGAGGCUGGCCAAAUCUGCCGAGGAGCACGAGAAAGUCUAUGUCAAGAUCAUGAAGGAGAAUGUGACUCUGAUCACUGAAAUCAAUGAACUGCGUAAAGAGCUGCGUUUGGUGAGAACUCAGGUCAAAGAUUACAAAGCUCAGCUGGCCACGUUCAAGAAGUCCAACAAGUCACGUCCUAACUCAGAGCAAGGACCCAGAAACGAAGACGUCAACUAAGAGUUUAGGUAGCCCUGCAGAGACAGGAAGCCACCACCACAACCACGCAUCAACAAAACCAGUAGAUUCUUUUCAUUUUUGAGCACUGAAGGAUUUUCCUGUAUGAUGAAUGUAUUCACCAGCACAGAUAGGUGGUGCUAAAUGUAUUUACAAUACUAGUUUCUUAAAUUUAAGAAACACUUUUGAAGGGUAUUUUCACAAGAAACUAAAACUCCUUAUUUUACCACAUAUUCAGCAUGAAGCCAUUAUUAAGAUAGUAUUAAAUAUAUCUGUAUUAAAACCA